CCUCGUGGUGGGGUACAUCGAGGAAGAGGAUGACAUGGAUGAGACCUACACAAGCGAAGCCGAAGCCGAGGGUGGCGGCAGCCGGGGUGGCGGCGGAUUCGGUGGUGGCGGUCGUAGCGGCAGUGGCGACGGGUACGCGUCCGGCUACCGACAGAAGGUGUCCCUGUCCAGCUCCAGCGCCGCCAGCGACGGCAGCAGCGCCGAGGCAAGCGCUCUGGCGACGCCUGCCACCUGCAGGAACUCCCGCUCCACCGCCCGCCGGUCUUAUGUCUCCUUCACAACCACGACUACCCGCGCCUACUCCGGCUCCUCCCGGGCGUCCACGCCCGCGCGCGAGCAGAGCGCCAGCCUCGGCCUCCCCGCGCCCUUUCUCGACAACGGCGACACCGGAAAGAGCAACGACAGCGACGAUAGUUAUUCCGGCAGGGGCGGUUCUUGUGGCGGCGUGGGCGGCGACGGCGGCGGCGGGAAACGGUUGUCCGUAAGGGGCAGGGCAAGGAACAAUUCGUGCAGCGGCUCUGACGACAGCGGCUCCGAAGGCGGCGAGAAGGUGCGCGAUAGAAGUAGUCUCGGCCGUCGCGUGAGCGUCGGAAUCCCGAAGAUCAGCAGGAGCAAGACGGCCGAGCUGCCGUCUGGGGGAGCGGGGGAACCGUCGGCGACCGUGACUGCGGGAUCGGCAGUCAGGCUUUCUGCGGAGGCCUCCGCCAUCCUGAGCGCCCAGUUUCCUCCAGAGGUAGGGAGUGAUUCGUCGGCCAGAACGGGUUGGAGAACGGCAGUCCAGGGGGCGGCUGCAACGGAGGAGGGGGCGCCGCUGACGUUACCGCCUCACCCCGCACCGGCCCUCAAGCGUUUCGCGACGGCGGGCGAAGUGUGGCAAGGCAAACCGAAGGAGCUGAUCUUCCCCUUGGCUUGGGAUCGAGCUGUUAGCCCCCGGUGGAUGGAGGUGCGUUACGUAGCUGCGACAAGUUCGGAACGCCGGGUGAUGGUGCACGACGCGAUGUUGGCACCAAGUCCGGUUUCAGCGGCGAUCUCAGUGCAUCUGGCGCGGUGGCUUGAGCUGGAGAGUUCCGCGCUACCGGAGAAGCCGGCCGUCAAUAUCAAGGCUGCGGGGGCGCGCAUGCUCAAGCGGCUGGGUUCACAGAUCGAGUUUUUUUGGGCCAGCGGUGAUGAGAGCGACUCGAAACAGGAAGAAAUCACGCUCAGAACCUCGCGCAGGGUGGCAAGAACGAGGAACCCGCUACAUCUCUUCCACGUGUGUCCCUUGCUGCUGCACGAGAAGCUGUGUGACGGCGGCGGGCGGCCUGUGCACAAGUUUGUGUUCGCCUGUCCGGGAACGGCAGCAGCCCUGGUUGGUUCAAUGGAGGGGGUCUGCCACUUCAAAAUGCGGUUGACUCAAGAGGCGGGGAUGACCGUGGUAGAGCGGGCGUACAAUGCUUUCGCGGUACGGGUUCUCGACGAGGAGGGAAAGCGGCGGGUGGUACCCGCACUCGAGUCGAGCGAGGGCGUCCUGUGCGUGGAGAUGCGGAUCAGGCUCUACCCCGACGGAUUGAUGAGCGGCCUCCUGGCUCGGCUUAUCAAGGUUGUACCCACCGUCGCGAUAACUGGCCAUUGCUCGACACACAAAAACCAUAAAUUGUUCAUCUCGGCCAGCAACAAGUUAUCUCGAUCGCCCAUAGGGGAUCGUCCAACCAACAGAUCCACCGAUGGAUCCACCUAUGCACUUGAUCGACUGUUUUGGGAGGAACGAUCGAUACGAGUAUCACCGACUAUCCGUGCCCCUUGUUCGUGUUGUGGUUGGGUACGUGGGGGAGGUCACCAGAACUUGGACAACCCCGCAGUGCAGCUGCAGGGGCCGUUCCUGCAGCACCGGCUCACCCCGCCGCCUGCACACCGGAACGUGGUGAUGAUCGCGGCCGGAACCGGUGUUAACCCAAGUGAGUGUAACAGCGUCGAGGCCGACCUCUAUUGCACGGACGAACUCACAGCUUUGCAGGCGAAAGCGAACGGCCUGCUGGAGGUCACGGCCCUGAUCAGCGGCGAUAACACCCGUCGCAACGUCCCCGGGAAUGCCUUCCGUCACGCCAAGGCCAGGCUCAUGAAGAAGGGGGCCGCCGCGGGCCUCGUCCCGCUGGGCGAGCGAGAGGUCGAUAGCGAUACAGGGGACGCCAAGGACGACGACGACGACGCCUUACCAGCCAACUUGCCGCGCCUCUGGUCCGUCAGCGAGCUGUCGUGCGUUUCGGAGGAAGACUCUUCGCACACCCGAGGGAGCCAGAGCACCCUCAGCCUCGGCUUGUUCGUCAGCGCCGGCAGCAGGGACCUGGAGACCGGCGGCGGCGGCGGCGGCGGAGACCUUGGUCGCGAGAACACCAUCAGCGAGGAGGAGCGGGCGGGCGUCGGUGGCGAUGUUCCAUGGUCUGCGAGCGACACCGCCGCAGACACGAGAAGAAAAGCCGGGAAGCACCGUCAGCACGGAGACGGCGGCGGCGGAGGGUUAGCGACUUCGAGUAGCGCCGCGGCAAAAAAUGCUAGAAGCACGUUCUUUGCCGGUGGUGGUGAUGAUGGUGGUGGUGACGGCAGCGGCGGCGGCAGAAGCAAGUCCACCCCCCCCCGGUCUCAUUCUUCUUACCGGUCGAACAUCGGUACGCGGAAUGGUGCCGCGGAUGAUUCCUCGGGCAACGGGCAAGGCCCACCACCCAAGGCUGUUGGGGCGCAGAGAAAGGGGCGGCGAUGGGCAUCGAGGGACGGGCCAGCGAUGCGAGGCGCGAGACAGCCGGGAGGAUCGCCCCUCGAUGACGUGAGAGGGCCCAAGUUGUGUACGAGUGUCGGGUUGUUGGUUUGUUGCUGGACUUGUGUAUUGCUCGUUUCCCUGUCCGUUCGCUUGCCGUAGACUAUGGAUCCCAAGAGGGAUAAGCAACUUGAAACAUCUGAUGCGAAUGGUGUGCAUCGCAUGUCAAGGAUGCGUGCCCCCAUGAUAAUGCUUCAGCAAGCCCCUCGUUGGCACCGGUAGCAUGUCCGGAGUAAUAGCGGCCGUACAGUAGACAGACGCUUCCAGCACCCUAAAAAACUGGAAACAAACAUACGGUUCUCUUGAGCAACUCCGCCCAGGUCGACACGUAUUACCCCCACGGUCCCAAUACUCGUCAUGCCCCCCGUUGUCAUUCUUCAUUGCUCGUGCGCAGUCGAGCAGUCCAUCGACCCGUACCACCCAGCAACGACGACGGCACACCCAGCCUUAGGUUGUUUGCGUUUUCCUCCCUCACGAAUCUGCUCCGCGGCCUUGAGACAAAAAUUCGUUUUGUGUCUCAAAGCAAACAACUAAGGCAAGCACCUGAUCAACCUCCUGUUGUUCUGCGUUCCUUCCUUUUCGCGCUUUCUUCUUCCGGUACACCAAUCAAUACCUCGGCACGCUACGCGAACAACAUUACAAACAUGCCACCACGAACGCACGUGAACUACACAUAAACUCCUGGAUGGUAUAAACUCUUGGAUGGUACACAGUC